AACAAGAUUCGAUUUUAGUCGCGACGACGCGACGCUGUGCCAUCGUUUACAACGGACUGCAAGAACGAACAUCUGAUAUCGUUGUCGGUCGAACAACUUUACGAAGAUAUUCCUUAAUAUUAUGAUUUUAUUCGGUGACGAAUCAAGUACCAUGCAGUGAUCUUUUUACUAUCAUUGGAAAGAGUAAAGUUUUAACUUUAUUUUCGAAGAAAAUUGCCUGCUUAUACGUACGAAGAUACGCAACAAGUGGAUAUCAGUUCGUUCGACAGAGCAUCAAUUACAUUAACGCUAAUUUCUCGCCGCACGCUGCAAAAGUCACUAGCCGCAUCGCUUUCUAUACAAUUGACCCCGAUUUCUCGUCUACGACAGGUUUGCAACAAACGGAUCCCCGUUAUCGUUUUUAAACGAAAUCAAAAAAUCAUGCCGUGCCCGUUCCUAACACGUCUGUCGGCGAAUUACGUCCGGAAUUAUGGAUCAUCGGUGGUAAUGAGUUAUCGUCAAUUUUGCCCAAUUAUGUCUAUGUUCUGUAGCACUCAGGCUGAAUCUGUCGAGGCGUCGCAGAUCCAAGACGCCACAGAGAAUCAGAGUCCAUUUCUGGCUAAAGAGCAUAUUGCUAUGAAAGCAGCUGGCCACGUGGACGAAGUGAACGUUGUUAACGUCGAACCGCCUAAAUUGAAAGUAGAACCGAGCUUCCCGUACGAAGAAUUCUUCGACGAGCAAAUCAUGAAAAAGAAGAAAGACCAUUCAUACAGGGUCUUUAAAAAAGUAAAUCGGCUGGCCGAGAACUUCCCAUCUGCGAUGGAGUAUACACGAGAACCGAAACCUAUUACCGUAUGGUGUUCCAACGAUUAUUUGGGGAUGUCGCGUCACCCCGAAGUGACGAGUUCCGUUCGAAAAGCGUUGGAUAAAUAUGGCGCGGGAGCUGGAGGAACGCGAAACAUAUCUGGUAAUACAAUAGGCCACGAAAUGUUGGAGAAGAGACUUGCUUCUUUGCAUCAGAAAGAAGCAGGUUUAUUGUUCACCUCUUGCUUUGUUGCCAAUGAUUCCACACUGUACACGUUAGCGAAACUUCUGCCAGAUUGCCAUAUCUUCUCCGAUGCUGGUAAUCAUGCUUCCAUGAUCCAGGGUAUAAGAAAUAGUGGAGUACCGAAACACAUAUUUAGGCACAACGACGUGCAACAUCUCGAAAAGCUUCUUUCUAAUGUAGAUAAAAGAAUACCGAAAAUUGUAGCAUUCGAAACUGUACAUUCUAUGACCGGCGAUACGUGCCCUUUGGAAGAGUUGUGUAAUGUCGCGCAUAAAUACGGUGCUUUGACGUUCGUGGACGAGGUCCAUGCUGUUGGUUUAUACGGUUAUUCGGGCGCUGGUAUCGGAGAGAGAGAUUGGGUACUUCACAAAAUGGAUAUUAUUUCUGGUACCCUAGGCAAAGCAUUUGGUAACGUUGGUGGCUACAUCGUUGGUUCCGCAAAAUUAAUAGAUAUGAUCCGAAGUUACGCUGCAGGAUUCAUUUUUACAACUUCGUUGCCACCGACCGUAUUAUAUGGCGCUUUGGCCGCUGUUGAAAUUUUAGCCUCGGAUGAAGGACGAAUGUUAAGAGCUAGUCAUCAGGAAAAUGUAGCUUAUAUGAAGUCUAUUUUGAAUACCGCGGGUCUUCCAGUAGAACCCUCGUCCUCGCAUAUUAUUCCUAUAAAAAUUGGAGAUCCGUUGCUAUCCAGCCAAAUAGCCGACUCGUUGUUAAAAGAGAAGGGCCAUUAUGUUCAAGCGAUCAAUUAUCCAACGGUACCAAAAGGUGAAGAAAAAUUAAGGCUGGCUCCUACUCCAAAGCAUACCAAAUCCAUGAUGGACCAAUUUGUUAAAGACACUUUGGAUACGUUUGAUCGUUUGAAAAUACCGAAAACUGAAAAUAGACGUUAAGUGAUAAAAUAGAUAUUAAAUGUAUUUGAUAAAAGAUAAAUGUAAACAUUGUACGACACACAAAUAUGAACACUUUCCUGGUGAAAUGUUUAAGAAUAAUC